UCGGAUUUCAGUUGUUGGUAGAACGUGCCGGUGUGAAGUUUAGUGCUCCGAAACAACUGUGUUCUCUGUGCUAAAUCCGUGUCUACAUCUGCAAACACCUUUUGUUUGCUCUUGUUCUACAAAGUGACAACCGGUCGGCACUGAAAAGGUUCAUCUAUUCGAUUGUACCGAAAAGAGUUAUGAUACUGUUCAUUUACCAUGCCCCUGUUUCAAACACUAAUAAAUCGCCGGAUGGAUGGUUGAUAACUGAUGCUCAACUAACCAUGCAACUGACAGCCACUAAAAAGUCGGUUAGUCUCGCACGUACUCCGGAGCAGUGCACAUCAUCAUUAAAUUCGUCCUAGGAACGGAUUGCGGUUUGAGUGGCUAAAAAGACUGUAAUAUUGUAACUGAUAAAGCAGCACGGCUCUUAAGUGCGACGUGCCGAUCAGAAGCCGCAUCAGAGCGGGUGAGCUGCCCGUUCAUACGCCAACAACUGACACCGCGGAUGAAAGUAGCAACCCAGGUCAAACAUACACCGUGCACAAGUACUUCUCCGACCAAUCGCACUACUUAACCCAGUGGCAACUACCUGUGUAUAUCUGUUUUCUAUACCUGACUGCUGAAGUACAUCGUUAGCUACUAGUUGUUAAAAGUUUUGUUUUUGAUAUUUAUACAAACAAAUAGUGAACGCUGAGGCGUGUUUAUAUAGUUUACUAAGCAAAACUGCUCUACGCUAACCAUCAUCACAAUGUCUAUGUGCGGUGCGAGAAUUGCAUUGAAGUCCUUCCAAAAGGCACCCCGCGUCAGGAUUUGGUCAAUGGCCAAGAAUGCCUAUUCAACUCAGAUAGAGUACAAACCCAUCCGAUCCGUGCUGGUUGCGAAUCGUGGUGAGAUAGCCAUCCGUGUCUUCCGGGCAUGUAACGAGCUAGGUAUCAAGUCUGUGGCCAUAUACUCCGAGCAGGACAAGAUGCACAUGCACCGACAAAAGGCAGACGAGUCCUACAUAGUUGGAAAAGGUCUGGCGCCGGUCGAAGCUUACUUGAACAUUCCAGAAAUCAUUAGGGUAUGUAAGGAGAACGAUGUAGAUGCAGUGCAUCCUGGAUAUGGUUUUUUAUCUGAACGAUCCGACUUUGCCCAAGCCGUAAUCGAUGCAGGCAUACGAUUUAUCGGUCCAACCCCGAAGGUAGUUCAGCAGAUGGGUGAUAAAGUCGCAGCACGUCAGGCGGCAAUCGCUGCUGGAGUACCAAUUGUUCCGGGUACCGAUGGUCCUAUCACAACCAAAGAAGAAGCACUCGAUUUUUGCAAAAAACAUGGCCUUCCCGUCAUCUUCAAGGCUGCCUACGGAGGAGGUGGACGAGGUAUGAGAGUGGUAAGAAAAAUGCAAGAAGUCGAAGAUAACUUCCAACGUGCUAGUUCGGAAGCUAAAGCUGCAUUUGGUAACGGUGCUAUGUUCAUUGAAAAGUUCAUCGAGCGACCAAGACAUAUUGAAGUGCAGCUCCUUGGUGAUAAGGCUGGAAAUGUGGUACACUUGUACGAGAGAGACUGUUCUGUCCAGCGAAGGCAUCAAAAAGUUGUUGAAAUUGCCCCUGCUCCAAGAUUACCGGUUGAAGUGCGAGACAAAAUGACUGAAUACGCGGUGAAACUUGCCAGACAUGUCGGCUACGAAAAUGCCGGUACAGUGGAGUUCCUCUGUGACGAAACAGGCAACUUUUACUUCAUUGAAGUGAACGCACGGCUUCAAGUCGAGCAUACGGUAACGGAAGAAAUUACCGGCAUUGAUUUAGUACAGUCCCAAAUUCGCGUUGCUGAAGGAAUGACAUUGCCUGAAUUGGGUUACACUCAGGAUAAUAUUAAAACACAAGGCUACGCCAUUCAAUGUCGCGUGACAACGGAAGAUCCUGCCAAUGAUUUCCAACCAAACACAGGUCGUCUGGAAGUGUUUAGGUCUGGCGAGGGUAUGGGCAUUCGUUUGGACAGCGCUUCCGCUUAUGCCGGUGCCAUAAUUUCACCAUACUACGACUCUCUGCUUGUCAAAAUUAUCUCCCACGCCCACGAUCUACAAUCAUCAGCUGCCAAAAUGAACCGAGCUUUGCGCGAAUUCCGAAUUCGCGGCGUCAAAACUAAUAUUCCCUUUCUGCUGAACGUACUAGAAAACCAAAAGUUUCUCAACGGCGUCCUUGACACGUACUUCAUCGAUGAGCACCCACAAUUAUUCCGCUUUGCAAAGUCCCAAAAUAGAGCUCAAAAACUACUUAACUACCUCGGCGAGGUUCUAGUGAAUGGCCCCACUACACCACUGGCAACAAAAUUGAAACCUGCAGAUACACAUCCUCAUGUACCGCAGCUACCAUUGGAUUUGUCACCAGCAGCGCUUGCUGCGGAGGCGGAUGGCAGAAAAGUAACCGAUCCUCCUCGUGGCUUCAAGGACAUUCUACGAGAGCAGGGUCCGGAAGGUUUCGCCAAAGCUGUCCGCGCGCAGAAGAAUCUACUUUUGAUGGAUACUACCUUCCGAGACGCCCACCAAUCAUUGCUGGCUACCCGUGUUCGAUCACAUGACUUAUUGAAAAUUUCACCGUACGUGUCGCAUAAGUUCAACAACCUUUACUCCUUGGAGAACUGGGGAGGUGCGACCUUUGAUGUUGCCUUACGCUUCCUACACGAAUGUCCAUGGGAGCGAUUGGAGGCCAUGCGUAAACAAAUUCCCAAUAUUCCGUUCCAAAUGCUGCUACGUGGAGCUAACGCUGUUGGUUACACCAAUUAUCCGGAUAACGUCGUUCAUAAGUUCUGCGAACUUUCGGUUCAAUGUGGAAUGGACAUCUUCCGAGUAUUCGAUUCUCUGAACUACCUUCCCAAUCUAAUCCUGGGUAUGGAAGCAGCUGGUAAUGCUGGAGGAGUAGUCGAAGCUGCUAUUUCAUAUACGGGAGAUGUCAGCGAUCCAACCAAAACAAAGUAUGAUCUCAAAUACUAUACAAAUCUUGCUGAUGAGCUGGUCAAAGCUGGAACGCAUGUUCUAUGCAUUAAAGAUAUGGCCGGUCUAUUGAAACCACAGGCAGCUAAAUUGCUCAUCUCAGCUAUUCGUGAACGGCAUCCCGAUGUUCCGAUUCAUAUCCAUACCCACGACACAUCGGGAGCAGGCGUUGCAUCGAUGCUAGCCUGUGCCAAUGCCGGUGCUGAUGUUGUGGAUGUGGCCGUCGACUCAAUGUCUGGAAUGACAUCUCAACCGAGCAUGGGUGCCAUCGUGGCUUCCUUACAAGGUACUCCCCUCGAUACCGGUUUAAACUUACCCGACAUCAGCGAGUACUCAGCUUACUGGGAACAAACUCGAACUCUGUAUGCUCCAUUUGAAUGCACAACAACAAUGAAGUCCGGAAACGCCGAUGUGUACUUGAAUGAAAUCCCUGGAGGUCAAUACACCAAUCUCCAGUUCCAGGCCUAUUCUUUGGGCUUGGGAGACUUCUUCGAGGAUGUGAAAAAAGCAUAUCGAGAGGCAAACUUAUUACUUGGUGACAUCAUCAAGGUCACACCAUCGUCCAAGGUAGUUGGUGAUUUGGCUCAAUUCAUGGUGCAAAAUCAUUUGACUGCUGAUCAAGUCAGGGAACGCGCCGAAGAACUUUCGUUCCCAAAAUCAGUCAUUGAAUUCUUGCAGGGUGCUAUCGGUACCCCACAUGGUGGAUUCCCAGAACCUUUCCGAUCCCGUGUCUUAAAAGACAUGCCGCGAAUCGAAGGUCGACCUGGCGCAUUUCUACCUCCAUUAGACUUUGUUAAGCUUAAAAAAGAACUCGAAGAAUCUCACCCGGAUGUGUCGGAUCGCGACGUCAUGUCUGCUGCCUUAUACCCUCAGGUUACAAACGAUUACCUCACAUUUAGAGAUUCAUAUGGGCCCGUCGAUAAACUGGACACCCGAGUAUUUCUCACUGGUCCGAAAGUGGGUGAAGAAUUCGAGGUCACGAUCGAAAAAGGAAAGACUCUUGGAUUCAAGACUCUAGCCAUGGCCGAAGAUCUGACAGCGAAUGGUGAACGCGAAGUGUUCUUCGAACUGAAUGGUCAGCUGCGUUCAGUACGAGUUCGCGACAAGGAGGCUGUGAAGGAAUUGCACAUCCAUCCCAAGGCAACGAAAGGAAACAAAGAUCAAGUUGGUGCUCCGAUGCCUGGUUCAGUAAUCGAAAUAAAGGUAAAAGUAGGAGACCACGUUGAGAAGGGUCAACCAUUGAUUGUGCUAUCUGCCAUGAAGAUGGAAAUGGUUGUCCAGGCGCCACGUGCCGGUGUAGUGAAGACACUAGACAUCACUGCUGGAAUGAAACUAGAAGGAGAAGACCUAAUUUUAACCCUGGAAUAGAUCGAAUAACAGAUAGCAGCACUAAAAAUCGAGCUAAGCUAGGAAAAGACAUUCAACUAUUUUGUUUUGCAUGAAUGGUGUUCGCGUUCGUAGAAAUUUUUGAGUGGGUUAAGUAAGAGUUACGUGGGGCAAUGUAAUCACCAUAGAAACGUUGAGACAUACGAUAAAUUUAAGACUUUCUGUUACACUGUGUCUCGUUCAAAUUUUAUCAUAGACACUUUUUUGUUACUAGUUUUUACAUUUUAUACAUUUUCGCUUUCAGUACUGAAAUAUGGAAAAAUAUACUAAAAGAUAUUCAA